CGUGCGGUGUGUCCGAGGUGGCACUUUCCGUACGUGCUAAAGAGUAAAGAGAGAGAAAAAGUGAAAUUGAUACGAGAGGGAAAUGGCUGAGGCGAUUAGUAGAGUUACCAUGUCCAUGUACGGUGCGGAGCCGGAGCACCAUGCGCCUCCGAUUGAUGACGGCGAAGAAGAAGAUGACGAUGGCGUUUCAGUCACCGACGUCGGCGGAGGAGGUGAAGACUCCGUAGACGGCACCUCUCCUCACAUCCAAUUCGAACCCCGAUCUCACGCCCUCGUACUCCACGGCUCCAUGGACGCUGCGAUGAACGGCGCGGAGGGCGUUUCGCCUCACGGAGUCUACGCUCCCGGAGGCUCGGAUGUCGUUCCUGCUCCUGCCGCCGGAGAUGCGGCCGAUCAGCUUACACUCUCCUUUCAGGGUGAAGUCUAUGUUUUCGAUGCUGUUUCUCCGGAAAAGGUUCAGGCAGUGUUGUUGCUGCUGGGUGGAUAUGAAGUGCCUUCAGGCAUUCCCGCUGCAGCAGUCGCUCCCCAAACUCAUAGGGGCAUGGGAGAGUACCCAGGAAGAUUUAGUCAGCCUCAAAGAAUAGCUUCUUUGAAUCGUUUUAGGGAAAAAAGGAAAGAACGGUGUUUUGACAAGAAGAUCCGUUAUACUGUACGGAAGGAAGUUGCACUUAGGAUGCAACGCAAGAAGGGCCAAUUUACAUCUUCUAAAUGGGUUUGUGAUGAAGCAGGUUCAUCUUCUGCUGAUAGGAACUCCAGUUCGGGACAGGAAGAGCAGGAAAUAUUCUGUACUCAUUGUGGAAAUAGUUCAAAAUCUACGCCUAUGAUGCGUCGUGGACCAGCUGGACCAAGGUCUCUUUGCAAUGCAUGUGGACUUAAGUGGGCCAACAAGGGGAUUUUAAGAGAUCUUUCAAAAGUUCCAACUACUGGAGUUCAGGAUCAUAAUGUGAAGGCUGGUGGACAGCUCAAUGGUGAAGCUAUUGGUCCUGAUGCCUUGACUGGCGCCAAUGUCAUUAUGACUAACGGUGGCAAUUCAGCACCUAUUGCUGAACAGUGAAGUUAUUUUCAUACUUAUACUCUUUUUACUGAUCAUCUAUUCUUCAUCGCACCAAUUGUCCAGUCAGAGGAUGAUGCAUCAUUCAAAUCUGAACACAUCAACAACUUUCUCAAUGUACAUAGAAUUAUGUAUCUUAGUAAAUACGGAGUAUGUGGUUACUUAAUGAGAGCUACACUUAUUUACCAGUGCAUGAUUUUA